AUGCGCGUUGUUCUUGUGAGCGGCGGUGUGAUUUCCGGCGUUGGCAAAGGGAUCAUUGCCAGCAGCGCCGGUCUCUUGCUCAAGACAAAGGGUCUGCGUGUCACGGCACUGAAGAUUGACCCUUAUCUGAACACCGAUGCCGGUCUUCUGAGCCCCCUUGAGCACGGCGAGUGCUUUGUGCUCGCUGACGGCGGUGAGACCGAUCUCGACUUGGGUAACUAUGAGCGUUACCUCGGCAUUCAGCUCAGCCACGAGAGCAACAUGACCACAGGCAAGGUCUACCAGCAUGUCAUUAACCGCGAGCGCAAGGGCGACUACCUAGGCAAGACCGUCCAGGUCGUGCCUCACAUCACAGAUGCCAUCCAGGAGUGGAUCGAGCGUGUCGCGCGGAUCCCCGUCGAUGAUUCGGGCGAGGAGCCCGACGUCUGCAUCGUCGAGCUUGGUGGCACGGUCGGUGACCUCGAGUCGGGGCCCUUUGUCGAGGCCCUGGUCCAGCUGCGCCAGCGCCUCGGACCCCAGAACUUCCUCAGCAUUGCCGUCUCGUACGUGCCCAUCAUCACGGGCGAAGAGAAGACCAAGCCGACGCAGCACGCCAUCCGGCAGAUGCGCAGCGCCGGCCUGAUCCCCGACGUCGUGGCCUGCCGCUGCGAGCGCUCGCUCGACGAUGAGACCAUUCGCAAAAUCGCCCGCAGCUGCCAGGUGCAGUACGAGCAAGUCAUUGGCGUGCGCAACAUGGAGACCAUCUACCAGGUGCCCCUGCUGCUCGAGGAGCAGGGCCUCUCCAAGCUGCUGGAGAAGGGCCUCGGCCUCGAGACCCUCGAAGCCAGCCUCUCCAAGGCCCGCACCGACAAGGGACGCGAGCUCUGGGACCUGUGGCGCAAGACGGUCGUCCCCGAGAAGCACCUGCCCCCCGUCAACAUUGUCCUCGUGGGCAAGUACACCGCGCUCGACGACGCCUACCUCUCCGUCCGCAAGUCGCUCGAGCACUCGGCCAUGCACUGCGGCCGCAAGCUGAACCUCGUCUCGGUCGACUCGGAGCAUCUCGAGCCGCACAUGCAGGAGAAGGAGCCCACCAAGUUCCACGAUGCGUGGAAAGCCAUCUGCGCCGCCGAGGGUGUCCUCGUGCCCGGUGGUUUCGGCUCGCGUGGCGUCGAGGGCAUGAUCCUAGUCACAAAGUGGGCGCGCGAGCGCAAGGUCCCCUUUCUGGGUAUUUGCCUCGGCAUGCAGGUGGCCGUCGUCGAGUACGCGCGUGAGAAGCUGGGGCUCGUGGGCGCCAACUCGGAGGAGAUCAACGCCAAUGCGCCCCACAAGGCUGUCAUUUUCAUGCCCGAGGGCUCCAAGGAGCAAAUGGGCGGCACGAUGCGCCUGGGCACCCGUACCUCUCACUUCCAGCCAGACACAGAAUGGAGCAAGUUGCGCGCCAUGUACGGCGGCAAGCAGGUUGUUGAAGAGCGUCACCGUCACCGUUAUGAGGUGAACCCCGAGAUCACGGGGCAGUUGGAAGAGGCUGGCCUCACUCUCACGUCUCUCGACGACCAGGGCGUGCGUGUCGAGUCGAUUGAGCUCAAGGACCACCCGUUCUUUGUUGGCGUCCAGGCCCACCCCGAGUUCACCAGCAAGGUGCUCGAUCCGUCACCUGCCUACCUCGGCUUUGUGGCAGCCAGCGCUGGCAUGCUGGACCAGGCGAUCGCGGCGGCGGCGACCAAGACGAAGCUUGUGACGAACGUGACGAAUGCCUUUUAG